GGAGAGAGCGAGGCCGGGUAGCCGGGAAGGCGGCUUGCUGCGGAGGAGUUGAGCCAGCCGGAGGGGCUCCCGCUGUGCCAGGCGGGCAGUGCCAAAUCCCAGGAGCCCAGAGCUGGGGGGAGGGCCGGGGACAACCCGGCCCUGCCCCCUUCCCGAGAGAGGUGCCCAUCAACUUGGGAAGAAAAGUUGGGCAUCGAUCGCAGUCGCGGUGCCCCGAGGAUGGGCAGGGUCCCGCUGGCCUGGUGCUUGGCGCUGUGGUGCUGGGGGUGUGCAGCUCCUAAGGCAGACACCCAGACUGAGGCUGACAGCCCGUUUGUGGGGAACCCAGGGAAUAUCACCGGUGCCAGAGGACUCACAGGAACCCUUCGGUGUGAGCUCCAGGUUCAGGGGGAACCCCCUGAGGUGAUGUGGCUUCGGGACGAACGGGUCUUGGACCUGGCUGAUAACACCCAGACCCAGGUGCCUCUGGGCGAAGACUGGCGAGAUGAGUGGAAAGUUGUCAGCCAGCUCAGAAUCUCAUCCCUGCAACUUGCAGAUGCGGGGGAGUACCGGUGCAUGGUGUACCUGGGGGGACAGACCUUCCUCUCUCAGCCUGGCUUUGUGGGGCUGGAAGGUCUCCCGUACUUCUUGGAGGAGCCUGAGGACAAAGCUGUGCUGGCCAACACCCCCUUCAACCUAAGCUGCCAGGCCCAGGGACCCCCUGAGCCCGUGAACCUACUGUGGCUUCAAGACGCUGUUCCCCUAGCCACCGCCACCGUCCCAGGCCACAGCUCUCAGCACAGGCUCCAAGCCCCAGGUCUGAACAAGACAUCUUCUUUCUCCUGUGAAGCCCACAACGCCAAGGGAGUCACCACCUCCCGUACCGCCACUAUCACAGUGCUUCCCCAGAGGCCUCACCAUCUCCACGUGGUUUCGAGACAUCCCACGGAGCUAGAGGUAGCUUGGACGCCUGGCCUGAGUGGCAUCUACCCACUUACCCACUGCAACCUGCAGGCUGUGCUGUCAGACGAUGGGGUGGGUGUCUGGCUGGGAGAGCCGGAUCCUCCGGAAGAGCCCAUCACGCUGCAAGUAUCCGUGCCCCCCCACCAGCUUCGGCUGGAAAAGCUCCUUCCUCACACCCCAUAUCACAUCCGGGUAUCCUGCACGAGCAGCCAGGGCCCCUCACCCUGGACCCACUGGCUCCCCGUGGAGACCACGGAGGGAGUGCCCUUGGGCCCCCCCGAGAACGUUAGCGCCAUGCGGAAUGGGAGCCAGGCCCUCGUGCGUUGGCAGGAGCCAAGGGUGCCCCUGCAGGGCACCCUGUUAGGGUACCGGCUGGCGUAUCGAGGCCAGGACACCCCUGAGGUACUUAUGGACAUAGGACUAAAGCGAGAGGUGACUCUGGAACUUCGGGGGGACAGGCCUGUGGCUAACCUGACUGUGUCUGUGGCAGCCUAUACCUCGGCCGGGGAUGGGCCCUGGAGCCUUCCUGUGCCCCUGGAGCCCUGGCGCCCAGGGCAAGGACAGCCACUGCACCAUCUGGUGAGUGAACCCCCACCUCCUGCCUUCUCGUGGCCCUGGUGGUAUGUACUGCUGGGAGUAGUUGUGGCCGCUGCCUGUGUCCUCAUCUUGGCCCUGUUCCUUGUCCAUCGGAGGAAGAAGGAGACCCGCUAUGGGGAGGUAUUCCAGCCAACAAUGGAAAGAGGUGAACUGGUCGUCAGGUAUCGUGUCCGGAAGUCCUACAGUCGCCGGACCACCGAAGCCACUUUGAACAGCCUGGGCAUCAGCGAAGAGCUGAAGGAGAAGCUCCGAGACGUCAUGGUAGAUCGGCACAAGGUGGCCUUAGGGAAGACACUGGGCGAAGGAGAGUUUGGUGCGGUGAUGGAGGGCCAGCUCAACCAGGAUGACUCCAUCCUCAAGGUUGCUGUGAAGACAAUGAAAAUUGCCAUCUGUACAAGAUCAGAGCUGGAGGAUUUCCUGAGUGAAGCUGUCUGCAUGAAGGAAUUCGACCACCCCAACGUCAUGAGGCUCAUUGGUGUCUGCUUCCAGGGUUCUGAUCGAGAGGGUUUCCCAGAACCUGUGGUCAUCUUGCCUUUCAUGAAGCACGGAGACCUGCACAGUUUCCUCCUGUAUUCCCGGCUUGGGGACCGGCCAGUGUUUCUGCCCACUCAGAUGCUGGUGAAGUUCAUGGCUGACAUUGCCAGUGGCAUGGAGUACCUGAGUACCAAGAGAUUCAUCCACCGGGACCUGGCUGCCAGGAACUGCAUGCUGAAUGAGAACAUGUCCGUGUGUGUAGCAGACUUUGGGCUCUCCAAGAAGAUCUACAACGGGGACUACUACCGCCAAGGGCGCAUUGCCAAGAUGCCAGUCAAGUGGAUUGCCAUUGAGAGUCUGGCAGAUCGAGUCUACACCAGCAAAAGUGACGUGUGGUCCUUUGGAGUGACAAUGUGGGAGAUCGCUACCCGAGGCCAGACUCCCUAUCCAGGAGUGGAGAACAGUGAGAUUUACGACUACCUGCGCCAGGGAAAUCGCCUGAAACAGCCUGUGGACUGCCUGGAUGGCCUGUAUGCCCUGAUGUCCCGGUGCUGGGAGCUGAACCCUCGAGACCGGCCAAGUUUUGCAGAGCUUCGGGAAGACCUGGAGAACACGUUGAAGGCUCUGCCCCCUGCUCAGGAGCCCGAUGAAAUCCUCUAUGUCAACAUGGAUGAGGGCGGAAGCCACCUUGAACCCCGCGGUGCUGCUGGGGGAGCUGACCCCCCAACCCAACCUGAUCCGAAGGAUUCCUGCAGCUGUCUCACUGCGGCUGACGUCCACGCUGCUGGACGCUAUGUCCUUUGUCCUUCCACAGCUCCUGGACCCACUCUGUCUCCUGACCGGGGCUGCCCAGCACCCCCAGGGCAGGAGGAUGGAGCCUGAGACAGUCUUCCACAUUCUCGGAUACAGGCGGCGCAGGAGGCGCGGCACUGGGACACCCUCUCAGGAUCCAAGCUAGGCACUGCCACUGGGGGGAAGCUCACCCCCGCUUUGCCACUCCGGGCCUUCUCCCCAGCUGCAGCAUGGCCUUCCCUCCCUUCUCCAACUCAGCGCAGCAGAAAGACAUGUCCUGCUUUCUGUGCCAUAAACAUCCUAGCCAUAAAAAGAAGGGUUGGGCUGCAGUCUCGAAGGAUCUUCUCAGAUCUUACGUCCCACCAUUCUAGAUUCUAAGGUUGGAGUCUAGAUUUCAAGGUUCUAGGUCUCAGAGGUGAUGAGGAGUCCUCGAUGCUAAGGAACCGAGAUGCUGGUUUCUAGGUCUAAUGUGCUGUUGUUGUAGACAUGGCCACUGUCUGGAGGCUCUGAGGUUCUAGAUUUUUCUGGUUCUAAAAUUCUUGGUGAUGCCCCCAUGGUUUUUGGUUGUAUGGCUCUGAGAUCCUGGGAUCUAGACUUUAUUUUUCUGGAGCCUGAGGUUCUAUAAGUGGAAGCUUUUAGGUUUUGAAAUUCUAAAGAUUCUAGGUGUGAAGGUUCUAAGGCACACUGUUCUCAAAUUUAACAGUGCUGCAUGUCAUAAUACUCCAGACCAUAAUGUUUCAAUUCUUGUUUUCUUAAUUCCUAAGAUUCCAGUGAUGGUGAAUUACAGCCUCCAAGACAUUAACAUCAUAGAUGCUUUUAUGUAACAUCUUGCAUCUCAAGGAAAUAUGAUUCUAUAAUCUGAAAUUCAAAAGCUUUAAGAGUCUCCAGCCUGAGUUUCUAAGUUAUGAUGUGAUGAUGACCUAGAAUGUGGUCCAAGGUUCUAGAUUCUCUAAGAUUCCAUAUCAUAUGCUCCAGGAUUACAGAUCAUUGAACUCUAAAGCUCUGAUGAUGGCCUCCUCUUGAUCUCAGGCACUGUAAGAUGCUGUGGGUCCAAGACUCUGGGUCCUAAGAGGCUCACAGUUAAUUGUGACUAACUAGACACCAAAGUUCUAACCAUUCCUAAUGCUGGACACCUCUAGGUUCUGUGCUGCUUUCUGCCUUCCUAGCACUUAAUUAAAGGCCAGAGAAGACAUACUUCUAAAAAUAUUAAGGCUCUAAGCACUCUAAUUUAGGAAUCCAAUGUUCUUAGUGUCUAAGAUUCUGAAGGUCCGCAGGUCUAGAAUAUCAGGUACGAAGCCAAGGUUGGAACCUUGUAGCAUUCUUCUCUAAGCCCUUUCCCUCCUUAGCCACCUAUGCUUCCUGCCCAUGGUGUGGGGUGCACCCCACCUUAAGCCUGUGCAAUGCAUUGGGAAUGUCUUCCCUUCAAGCGAUGGACCAUCUUCCCUCCUUUUGGGUCAUGCUGUCCCUUGAGCCAAUCUCUCAUCCCUGUCUGAAGUAUGGACUCUGGUACCUCCAGAGAGGCUCAGAUCACAUAAAACUUUUGUCAAUCAC